AUGCUUUUCAACUGGAUUCACCCAGGCCAAACUUGUCGCACUAUCCAUAUCGAAGUUGUGGAAGCCUCCUCCAGGGUUGUCCUUCCCUCUCUGCUCUGCUUUCCGCAACCUGGUGACACUCAACUUGAAGUCUUUGGUCAGGGACCACACGAAAGGGGCCCGGUGGAGCUGGAGAAUGGAAUCAUCUACACCGGGCAAUGGUACGGCGUUCGUCGUCAUGGAGAAGGAACCUUGUUGAGGCCUGACGGCGGCAGGUACGAGGGCCAGUUCGUGAACGACAGAGCCUGUGGUCGUGGGAGAUUUGUCCACGCCAACGGGGACGUGUACGAGGGCCAGUGGUUGGAUGACAAGGCCCACGGAUCUGGGAAGUUUCUCCACUCCGAUGGGUCCUCUUACAUCGGUGACUGGGUGGAGGACAUGAAGUCUGGCCAGGGUCUUGAGACCUGGGCAGACGGAUCCACUUUCAAGGGCGAGUACAGGGACGGCAAGAAGCACGGCUAUGGGCUGUUCACAUCCUCCGACAACUCGUCGUAUUCUGGCCAGUUCUACAAUGACAGCAUGCAUGGUGAGGGGACAUACACAUUCUCCGAUGGACGCGUGUAUGUUGGUAGCUGGCAAGACAGCCAGAUGACUGGCCAUGGCACCAUGAGGUGGCCAGAUGGCAGAUGGUACGAGGGAGAUUACCUCGGCGAUCGCAAGUCCGGCGAAGGGAAGUUUUGCUGGCCAGAUGGUAGAUGCUACAUUGGCCAGUGGCUGGAAGGAAAACAGCAUGGAAAGGGCAGAUACAUCGACGUUAAGGGUGUCGCGCGAGAAGGCCUAUGGAAGGCCGGAACGCGCCUUCGAUGGACCGAUGUCGAAGAUGUCCCACCUCCAACAAGCUGA